AAAAAAGAGGAAGCAUCAUUAUAAACACGCGUGAACUUUGAGUUGGGAAGAACUGACUUACUAUAAAAGAUUUAUAUCAAUUGUUUACAUUUACAUAGUGACAAUGGAGAGGAGCGCAGGGACAGUUUCAGCUAUCAACGCUUUAGGGUACCCGGGCAGCGCGUGCCUCUCGCGGUGUCGAUGUGAUGAGCUCCCCUGCCCGCUGCUCACCUGGCUGACCGCCCAGCUGACGGCUCUCUGUCCGGAGCUACAAGACUCAAGCAGAACAAGUAACGUCUUGCUGGUGGGGGAGUUGAGAACCUUGCUGUCAAACAUGCUGUCUCCCCUCACUGUGUUGACAUCAGAGGUGCUGGGGCCGUCCAUCCUCAACAAAGUCACUGAGUUCCUUGUAGCAGAAUUGCAAGCGGCUCAAAUAAUGAGGCGUAAGGAAUCGCAUCCUGAGGAGAUAACAACAGGGGACGAGUCUGAAAAAGAGCAGCGACUUAAAGAUCACAGCCAUGAACUGGCUGAGUUUGGUCAGGAAUACGAAGAUGACGAUGACAAAGACAGAAGGAAUGCGGAGAUGCAGGCAGAAUGGAUAUUACUGCUGCACGCCCUUGACAUGGAUGCCUCCUCACAAUUUACAGACGUGUCAAGUGAAGUGAAGUCGAGGCUCACUCGUCUACCGUGUGGAAACAUGACCAACCCGCUUCUCAACAAUAGCCUCAGCUCUGAGCAGUGGGUGCACGUUAAAAAGAUCAAUCAACUUCUGUCAGAGGACUAUCACUGUCGGCGACAAAUGAUGAUCAAACGCUUUCAGGUGACACUUGAGUCAUUUGCGUGGGGAGAAAAACAAAAGGAGCGCAGUGAAGCUCUGGCCUCGGUGCCUCCUCUUUCAUCCCUCUCUGGCUCCUCCCGAGUGUCCUCUGCUCUUCUGAUCGCCGCCAGAGAGGAUAAGUUCCUCAUGGAGCCGAUCAGGGCUGGAACAAGCACCCCCGUCUACAAGAUGUUGAUGGGCAGCGUACCAGACAGAGGAGGACGACCAGGAGAAUUGGAGCCUCCUAUGCCAGCGUGGACCAAUCAAAGAGCGAAAGGAAACCGAUCAGGACGAGGAGGUGGACAACAUCAACAACGUAGAUUUUCUGAUAAGAAGAAGAAAGGGGAAAAAUGAGUAACAAGUCUUUCUCUUACUGCUUAAUUUGAGAAAUAAGUGAUAAUUUUUCUUUAUUGAAAUCCUUGUUCUGAAAUAAUAUAUGGGCGUGGAAUGCUAUAUAGAAUAUGAUGUUAUAGUUAUAAAGCUGUGCAACAUUCUUGGUUAUAUUACAUAUAACUAAAAUAGCUUCUCAUUGCUAUAAUGUACUGGUAUUUUACCAGAUAUUUUUGUUGAGAAAAUGAAUACUUUACUCAGAUAAAUGAAUAACACUAUUUUUGUAUGAGUUGACUUUGCACAUUUAUAUGUAGGUUUGAUUGCUGAAGAAUAAACCUAGUAAACAAAUAAAUGCAUUAUGGUGUUAUGUAAUGUGCCAAGUUGGUAAUGCUGUUAUGCUUAAGACACCCUAGCAACAACUGUUUAACUGUUCAAUUACCAUGUAUUAUGUCGGCUGUAGCUCUCGUUUUUAGCAAGAAAACAUUUCACUGAUGUAAAUUAUAUUCUCUUAUAUGAACUGUUUUUGCAAGACACCAGAGAAACUCAUUGCUUUAUCUUUAUCUAGU